AGUUUCCUAUUCCAUUUACUCAAAAGCGUGUGUAAGUAACUGGUACUUCGAAACUUCAACAUACUGUCGGACAAGUCUAUUUCUGUUUCUAUACAUCUCGUAUUUUUGUACAAUUUUUGAAAAUCACAGUUGUUUUUAACACACUUCCUUUCGCCUAAUUUUCCGGAAUCUCCGUAUCCGAAAACGGGUGUUUUGAGCAAAAAUAAAAAUGGGAGGAAAUGGUGGGGACGGGAGGAAGCCUUUCCGAAAUCUGUGCAAGAGUGUGAUUGAUGCUACUUUACAAGUUCAAACGGAGUCUUUUCAAACUGACACAAUGGUUGGAUGUGAGAAUAUGGAAAAUAAUACAACUACAUCAGGUUUUCCCAAACUGAAAACUAAUAAACCUAAAGCAUCAUCUAUGGAAACACCUGCAGUUCGUGAUAUUUUAUCUAUGGGCGAUAAAUGGAAUUUUGUCAAAAGAAUCAUGAAAAAGAAAAUCAAAGAAACAACUUUCCACAAACCUAAAGUAUCAUAUAUGGAAACACCUACAGUUCUGGCUGUUUUAUCUAUGGGCUAUAAACGAAAUUUAGUCAAAAGAAUUGUGAAAAACAAAAUCAAAGAAACAGGGUCGUCUUUUUCACAAGCAUCAGAUUUACUUGACAAAAUCCAAAAUGAUUCUCAUGUUGAUGAUGAUGGUAUUGAGAAAAUAAGUAAUGAAGAGAAGCCUGAUCAAACAACAAAAAGACGACACUGAAAUGUCUGCUAGUCCUUUUGGUCUCAAGUCUGAAGUCACUAAACACUAACCUAUGUUGAGUUGUGGAUUAUUCAGGAGCAGAGCCAAUUGUCAGAUAUGGAGCUGAAAAUGUGGAAUGAACAAAAGAUGAAAUGUAGAAAUUUUGACAGAAAAACAAGAAAACUGUUGACUAUGUAUGGAACCACCAUCCAAAAGCUGAUAUCAGCCAAUUUUGUAAUUCAAGAGAGAUCAGAGUGGAAGAGUGUCUGCAGAUGGAAUAAAACAGCUUACUUCAUUAUUUGCAGGACAAGACAGAAAAGUAGAUACAGGCAGUGAAUAAAGAACGGGUGAUCAAGAUUGGAAAAGAAGACAAAAAUGAAAUUCAAAGAGAAUAUAUUAAACAGAUUUAAGAGAAGCCUUUGCAUGGUCACUGAAAAUAUGUGAAAUAAAAUUCUGGGUUUUGGCUGAAAAAAGAUAAUUGCGGGAUCAAGUACUGCAAACUGACUUGUAUUUGGGGAGGUGUCAGCAGAAUGUAGGGUGUAUGGAUUUUGGAAUGAAACAAUGGCAUACAUUGUUGCAGAAUGCCCCAAGUUAGCAUUGAGAGAAUAUAAGAAAUGGAAGCAUGAUCAAGUUAUAAGCAUUUUACACUGGAAGCUUUACCAAAAUUUGGAGCUUGAAGCAGAAAGUACAUGAUACAAUCAUCUGGUAGAAAGAGUACUUGAGGUGGAAACAUGCACAAUUUUGUGGAAUUUUCCCAUUCAAACAGAAAAAAGGUGGAACAUAGUAUUCCAGAUAUAACAGACAAGGAAAAUUGUAUUUACUUACUGAUUAAUCCAUCGUGUCCAUUUGGUACCAGGUUUGUAAAGAGAGCUGAUGAAAAGUUGAAAAAAAUAUAGCUCCUUAAAAGUUGAGAUUUUAAAGAUUUGGAACCUGAUAUCUGUAAAAAUUGUACCUGUGAUAAUUGGCACAUUGUGAUGAAAUAGAUAAAUGGGUAAAGGAGAUUGGAGUGGAACACCCUGUACAGCUUCUACAGAAGGUUUGUUUUGUAGGAACAGGAAAGGUCAUUGGAAAGAUUCUGAGCAUUUAAUGACUUAUCGAAAUUAGGGACUGUAAGUGAUGAAACAGACAAAUGGGUAAAGGAGAUUGGAGUGGAAUGUCCUGUAGAGCUUCUACAGAAGGUUUGUCUCAAAGGAACAAGAAAGGUUCUGAGCAUUUAAUGGCUUAUUGAAGUCAUGGAUAUCUAAGGUUAGAGGGAGAAACUCACUAUCCAUAUAAAUUCUAUCAGGAAUAAGACAAAUCCUGAGUCAAGAUGAUAAUAAUAAUGAUGAUAUAGUAGAUAUGGGAAAAGAAAGAGAGUGAGGUACGUAAAAAGAAGAGUGGGAGAUGCCAUGUAGUUAGACAGAUUGUUAUUGUCUGGAGCAGACAUAUGGUGGUAGAGGAGAGAUAAUUUGUUGGCUCAGGAGGAUGAUCAGUGUAAAAUAUGUGUGGAGAAGACAGUAUUAAGAAUGGAAGAUGAAUGACAGUGAAAAGGAUUUUCUUUUUUACAAGCAUCAGAUUUGCUUCAUGCAAUUGAAAACGAUCCUCAUUUUAAUGAUGAUGAUGAUAUUGAGGAAGUAAAUGGCAAAGAGGAGCCUCUCUCAACAACAACAAAAAAUGACACUGAAAUAUCUGCUAGUAAGUAAAUACUGAUAACUCUACUAUCUCUACAUACUUUGAAAUGAUUGUUAGUAAAUAAGAAAUGAUCCUUCUAUUUAUCUAUCAAAGUGCUGACAGUGAAGUAGCUGUUAUUAAGUAAUCUUUCUUUUGUUGUCUCACAUUGACGUUGGAUUGCUAUGGCUCAUAAAGCAAGGGAACAUCUAGUUUUAAAACUUUAUGACUGUCAACACCACAGAAAUCGAAAAUGGAAUAUGGUUUUCAGAGUAGUAUAUGCGUGUGUAUGUGUGUGUAUUACAUAUAUGUGGAUCUAUAUGACAGCUCUGGAUACCACAAGCUGUGAGUGCCUUCAAACACUUGUAAAAUAAAGAUCCCUCACCUGGAAAACAGUUAUGAGUUAGUGUCAGGAAGGAUAUUUUGCUGGAAAAACAGUGCUUAAGCAAUAGCAUCAGCUAACCCUUGCCAGCAUGGAAAAACAUGCAUGAAAGCAAUUAAACAAAGUUGUUCUAUGUAUAUUGUGUUUAAUCUACAUUUGCCUCUGCAACAUUGAGAAUAAUAUCCAUAUUUCAGAUUAUCUGGCUAUUUUCUUCUGUUCAAUGUAGAUUUGUUACACAUGUACAUGAUCAGCAAUUGUUAGCUGAUGUGCAUUGACAUAUGUGGUUAUCUGUCCAGUGUGUGGAACAUAUGCAGAAAUAAAUGUCACUGUUGCAUUGAACAAGACCAUUCUUAAAUUAAUACUUCUAUCACACAUGCUGACCACCUCAGUCACCUUAUCCACUCAUUUCUCUACCGAAUGUAUACCUACACUAUACCAGUGGGGUAGUGACAUCAAGUGUGACAGAAUGGAGGAGUGAGUGGAGUUUACGUUGUUUAGUGAGAGUGAGGAAAUUGUGAAAAAUAUGAUUUAAAUGGAUUAUGAAGCAGAGUGGAAUGUGCAUAGGAAGGUGAAAGAGAGGAGAAAAAGAUGGAAUAAGCGAGAGGGAGAAGGCAGUUGAGGGUGUGUAUUUUGGAGAGAUUAGAAUGAAUGGUGGCAUACAUAAGGUGGUAGGAAGUAGUAUGAAGUAUAGAUAGGAUGGCAGAAGCAGAGUGGAAAGUGGGGUGGAAAUGGAGGCAGAAACCUUUGGUGAUGAGGUGGUGGGGAAGGCAGUAACUAAGAAAGGGAAUGUGGCUAGAGAACCAUGUUUUUUUUUUUUUUUUGAAAAUCAGUUGGGAAAGAUUAAUAGAAGGUUGAAAGCAGCAGAAAGGAAGAGUAGAAAGGUGUUUCUUUAGGCGGUGGUGAAGGUGGAGGAGCAAAGAUUUGUAAUCAGGCAUGUUGGGAAAAGGAGAGAAAAAGGAAAAAACAAGAAAAGGAGAGAGAAAAGUAAAGUAAUGACGUAUGGAGUAUAAAAGUUCAAAAAAUUCAAAAGUUAUGAAGAGAAGAAAAAAAGAAGACAAGGAGAGAAAAGGAGAAGAAAAGAAAAAGAGAAGACGAAAAGGAGAAAGAGAGAGGCAAAAUAACAACAUACGGAGUUAGAAAAAAACAGAAAGUUCAAAAAAGUUUUUAAAAAUUCAAACGUCGUGGUGUAUCGGAGUGAUUUUUCAUCAACAGAAGAGUCCCCUGAAAUCCAUAAGUAUAUCCAGUGAUAAUCCAGAUGAGGAGAGGUGCAGAAAGUUCAGGCAAUAGUUAAGAUGUGUGAGUCCAAAGUGUAGGAGGUAAAGCAGUGUAAAACUGGUGUGACUACAUGAGCAUAAAAUAUAUAGUUGAAAUUUACAGAAAAACAAAAGAUGUUCAUCUCAUCAGAGGUCAUCUGAAGCAAGAUCCCAGGUUUUGGUCAACUAUCUUGUGAUCUGAUGAGAGGAAGUUGGAGUUAUUUGGUAUAUGGAUGCUGAAAAUGCUGGAGGAAGCAAGGAGAAGCAUAUAAGCCGAAGAGCACUGUGCCCACCAUGGUGGUGGGAACAUAAUGCAAUGGGGAUGCUUCUCUUUCAGUGGCACAGGGAACCUUGUCAAAGGCCAAAGAAUUAUGAGAAAGGAGGAUUACAUCAGGAUCCUUGAUGAAAACGUGAAGGAAUCCCUGAGAAACUCCAACUUGGCCACAACUGGAAGUACCAGCAGGACAAUGAUCUGAAACAUACUGCCAAGGUAGUGAAGGAAUAGUUCAAGGACAAUAAUUUCAACAUCCUAGAAUGGGCAAGUCAGAGUCCUGACCUGAAUCUGAUUGAGAACUUGUGGUAAGACUUGAAGACCAGAAUGAUGGCUAGGAAACCGACCAACCUGACCCAGCUCGAGGCUUUCGCCAAGGAGAGUGGGCCAACAUUCCACAGAAGACAUGGAGGAAGCUUGUAGACAUAUACAAGAAUCAUCUAGAAGCAGUCAUAAAAAAACAAAGGCUAUGCUAUUGACUAUUAAAGGGAAAUAUUGGACUCAGUAAACUUAUGGUAUGAAUAAUUUUGAACAUGGCAUUUUUUAAAAUCCAUGAAUAAAAUACCCCUGAAAUGAAGAAUUUCUUGAAUUGCGUAUUGUUUUUGUUCUUUCACUUGUUGGUCACAUAUAAAUCAUAAACAAACUUGACGAAAUGCAUUCAUUUCAUCACAAAAAUUAAAAAAUCACAAAAAUUAACAAGAGUAUGAAUAAUUUUGAGGUUAACUGUAUAUAUAAAGUCAUCUUUGAAUGUGAUAGAUGUGCAAGAACAAUAAGCCCUAAGAGUACAAGGGACUUAGAUUCUCUCAAAUACCCAGGAGGCUCUCUUGAGGUUGUAGAUAGUUUCUCUCCUCUAGGUGAUUAAAUUAGCAAUGGUGGAGGAUGCUCUAACAGUAUUGCUUCCAGAAUAAGAAUAGGGUGGAGGAAGUCCAGAAAGUUAUUACCUCUGUUGGCAACAAAAGGACUCUCCCUCAGAGUGAAAGGUAGACUGUACGAUGCUUGUGUAUGAAUGGCUAUACUCCAUGGUAGUGAGACAUGGGCUCAGAAUGCAUAGACUAGAGAGAUAUAACAUGCAUGUACAACAAAGUGCAAAUGUAUGGAGAGAAAAGUUGGGCAUAAGAGGAAUCAAAUGUAGCAUGCAAGAGAGAAGACUAUGUUGGUUUGGACCUGUGAUGCGUAUGAAUGAGGACAGCUGCAUAAAGAAGUGCCUGUCACUGAAAGUGGAUGAUACCCGUGGAAGAGAGAGACCGAGGAAGAUAUGGGAUGAAGUGGUAAGGACUGAUCUCAGGACGCUGGGCCUCACGGAGGAAAUGACAAUGGACCAAGAUGUCUGGUGAUAUGAGGUCCUUGAGAAGACCUGCCCAUGUCAGUGAAACUGAGUUCUAGAAGCGCUGUAUGUCCCACCCACACAUAACAAGAAAACUUCUCACACACCCUACCACAACAAACCAAACUGUAUCUCUACAUCGCUUCUCUUCCUUGCAUUUCCACUUCAUGCACUAUGCUUACCUCCCACUCACCAAUCCUGUCCUCACAGCCCUGUUUCUCUGUAUUAUUGCUAUCCU